GCCAUUGCGAGAAUUUGACAUUUAAAUUCCAAAUUUUCAUUUGUUGAAACAAGCACUUGUUUGCAUACACACACAAUAAUUCAAUUGACAAAUGUUGAGAACAACUAACUUUAAACCUGUCACUAGCAAAUUCUCCCAAUUUGUUAGAUAUGCCUCUACCAAAUACGACGUUGUUGUUGUUGGUGGUGGACCAGGUGGAUAUAUUGCUGCAAUUAAGGCUGCCCAAUUAGGAUACAACACCGCUUGUAUUGAAAAGAGAGGUGCUUUAGGUGGUACCUGUUUGAACGUUGGUUGUAUUCCAUCCAAAUCCUUGUUGAACAAUUCCCACUUAUACCAUCAAGUUAAGCACGAAGCUGGAAUUAGAGGUAUCUCCAUCAACGGUGACAUCUCCGUUGAUUUCCCAGGAUUAAUGAGUGCUAAGGAAAAAGCCGUUAAGCAAUUGACCGGUGGUAUUGAAAUGUUAUUCAAGAAGAACAAGGUUACCUACUUGAAGGGUGAAGGUUCUUUUGUUAACGAAAAGACCUUAGCUGUUAAGCCAAUUGACGGUUCUGAAACCCACGAAGUUGAAGCCGAUCACAUCAUUGUUGCUACUGGUUCCGAACCAACUCCAUUCCCAGGUAUUGAAAUCGACGAAGAAAGAAUCGUCACCAACACCGGUAUUUUAGCCUUGAAGGAAAUUCCAAAGAGAUUGACCAUCAUUGGUGGUGGUAUCAUUGGUUUAGAAAUGGCCUCUGUUUACUCCAGAAUCGGUUCCGAAGUUACCGUCAUUGAAUUCCAAUCUGCUUUAGGUUCAGGUAUGGAUGGUGAAGUUGCCAAGAAUGUUCAAAAGUUCUUGGGUAAGCAAGGAUUAAACUUCAAGUUGGGUACCAAGGUCACCAAGGGUGUCAGAAACGGCGAAGUUGUCAACAUCGAAGUUGAAGAUGUCAAGUCUGGUAAGAAGGAAGAAAUCGAAUCUGAUGUAUUAUUAGUUGCUAUUGGUAGAAGACCAUACACUGAAGGAUUAAACAUCGAAGCAGCAGGUUUGGAAGCUGACAACAAGGGUAGAUUAAUCAUUGACGAACAAUUCAGAACCAAGCACCCUCACAUUAGAGUUAUUGGUGAUGUCACCUUUGGUCCUAUGUUGGCCCACAAGGCUGAAGAAGAAGGUGUUGCCGCUGCUGAAUAUAUCAAGCACGGUCACGGACAUGUUAACUACGGUAACAUUCCAUCAGUUAUGUACACUCACCCAGAAGUUGCUUGGGUUGGUCUUAACGAAGAACAAUUAAAGGAACAAGGUAUUAAAUACAAGGUUGGUAAGUUCCCAUUCAUUGCCAACUCCAGAGCCAAGACCAACGUUGAUACUGAAGGUUUUGUCAAGUUCUUGGCUGACGCUGAAACUCAAAGAGUUUUGGGUGUUCACAUCAUUGGUCCAAAUGCCGGUGAAAUGAUUGCUGAAGCUGGUUUAGCUUUGGAAUACGGUGCUUCCACUGAAGAUAUUGCUAGAACUUGUCAUGCUCACCCAACCUUAUCUGAAGCAUUCAAGGAAGCUGCUUUAGCUACUUUUGACAAGCCAUUAAACUUUUAAGUAGGUUAGUAUAGUAUCAUUAUUAUUAUAGUAUAUUUUUAGUCGUGCGAACUUGUACAAAAAAAUGUCGUACCAAAAAUUUUCAAAAAAA